GCAUAAGUAUGGUUCUUCACCUGAGGACGGCUGCUUGCGUUGUGGCCGAAACGUCGUGAGAAUUAUUUUAUUGUUUUAUUUUUAUUAUUUUAUUAUUUCCUUUCUACGUGACUUUACCGAAAGAACCAAGAAGAUAUGGUUCACACCGUUGUUAUUAUCGUCAAGAUAAUCACGAUUUAGUUUAUUUUCGUGUCGGUAUAAAUUCAACUUAUUAACUAUAACCCUCCACCACCCGACAAAGCCAAACAAAAAGUUGUUACGUCGGCGAAUGAAGCCAAUUAAUUUGGGUUCCCGUCAAAACCGGAACGUUUAACAGCAAGAGUAGGAAUCAUCGCCGCCGCCGCCACAAUAGCCAUCGCUACGAGGCUGUGGUCAGAAUGCCACCCUCCGCAACGCCGCUGUACCAUGGAAGAUGAAUUGGCCGCCGUCACGGUGGCGUAAGAUGCGCACGGCGUUUCGUCAGUGCCGACGCGUGUUUUCCUCACCCGCGUGCAAUCGCCUGUGUUUCCGUCUGUACCCUGCUCUCACUCAGGCCUUGCCGAGAACUCAUCCGCCUCUCACCAUGGCCAAGGUGCUGGGUGGCCGUGUGCGCCUGGUGACGUACGUGGCGGGUGUGCGUGCGCUGGCAUGUCGCGUGGCAGCUGGCAGGACCUUCUCCACAUCCGGGGUAGCGGGAGGUGGAGAGAGCGACGUGACGGUUGCCUCCCCACAGGACGGAGACAUCCAGACGGUUUGGCCGGACGAGCGGAUGGGGCCUUUCGGGCCUCGCGACAGCCGCUUCCAGCUGCCGGGCAACAUGGGCUUCAGCAGCCACGUGCACGGCGCCAUGAGCCCGGCGUCCGCGAGAAACCUAGCAGCCGGCGCCCAACCGACAGCACGCCGUCAGCAGCUUCCCGACGUGCUCGUCGAACCCUCGGCUCAGGACCGCCACACGUUCGUGCUGGCGCAGUUCGUCAACGAGUUCCAGGGCAUGGAGAGUUCGCCCGUGCCUCCGAUCCCGCAGAGUGCCGACACGUACUUCGACUCGGGUCCCGUGGAGUGCGUGGUGCAGGGCUGUCCUGAGCUACUGCAGAGAGAUUUCGCUACCAUGUUCCCAGAAGCACCGAACUCAGACCUCACAGUCAUCACAGUUACACAGAAAACGCAGAAUAACAUGACGGCGUGGAGCCCCGAUGUGGAAGAGGAGAGAGAUCGGUUGAUGCAAAAUUUUGUGGAAGGCGCUAAGGAGAUCUGCUUUGCCCUGCGUGCGGAGGGAUACUGGGCAGACUUUGUCGACCCUUCGUCCGGAAUGCCUUUCUUUGGGCCGUACACGAACAGUCCCCUUUUCGAGACGGACGGACGCUACCGGCAGCUGGGCUUCCAGGUGGAGGACCUGGGCUGCUGCAAGGUGAUCCGUCACCGCACGUGGGGCUCCCACGUUCUGGUCGGCAGCCUCCUGACGGACGCUCCCACGAGCAGCUCGCUGCUGGGUGGCCUCACGCACAGCGGCGGCGCCGGGGCCGGAGCCAUCGAGCCUCGGCCCACCUCGGGCACGGAAGGGGAUGCCGAAGGGCCGGCUGGGGAGGAGAGCGGGCGCUGUCGAGUGGCGGCGAGCGCCGAGGUGAAGGACGCUUAGGGGGGGGGAGGGGCGUUUAUUUUGUGUUUUGCGCACCAUCGUGGGGAAAGCCCACAGUUGCCUUUUGGGCGGCGCAGCGCAGAGUACGUGGGCAGAGCGCGUCUGAUUUUGCGCGCAUCGAUGGAAAUGGAUGCUUUUUGCGGCUCGCUUGUGCGUGCUUCGAAUCGUUGGUGUAACAACGUGUUAUUUGAGGAGGCGAGGGGGGUGGCGUGUCCUGAAAAAAACAUAACCCACGGAAGUUAAUUGUCUACAAAGUUGGCUUUUGUUGAGAACUGGUGCAUUACAUGAAUGAAAAAAAAUCUGCUGUGCAGCCAUCUUUGGGGAGAUACAGAAAAAACGUUCAAAAUUGGAUUGUAAAUCAAGCUGGCAUAUGUUAUCUAAAAUACAUGUGUGGGUUAUUAAGCUAUUUUCAGGAUACUCCUGCAUGAUUUAUGAAAAUGAUAUUUGAAUGUUACCAUUAGACUAAUGGAACCAACAACACAACGAACCAGAUUGAACAAAUAAGACUGACAAUACGAGCAACGUUACACACUAAACCAGAAAAUAAAUCGAUUAUUAAAUAGGAUAGUGACCCUGCACAUUGACAAAGUCACCAAAUUGUCGGGAGGAUGGUGAAUAGCUACAUUAUAUAAUAGGUCAUGAAGUCAUUAACACCUUAAAACCUCCAAUAGGUAUAAAUAUAUAACGUGGAAGUGCAUACAUUGUACAUUUUGCAGUGGUAAAUCAACAUGGUAAUUGCACACCAGUAUCACACUUGUUCAUAAUCUUCAGUGUGAUGUAGCCCUUGCUAUCUUAAUAUGGCAACUGUGUGAUGGUUUCGAGCACAUCUGUCUUAAACUGGGUUUCACAUAUAACCUCAUGGCAAGGGCAUGCAAAGAAGGAGUCAACAGACCCCUGCCAUUGUAAUUUGGCCACUCACAUCAAUGACAUAAUGUACUUGUGGUGCAUACGUAGCUAACUGAUUCGCACGGUUGGCUACGUAUGGUUCGAAAUAAGUUCAACAUACACGAAAUGACAAAGACAAGAAGUUGAAUGUUAAUCUUUAUUUUAGUGUUUGGUGCGGCCACCUGCAACGAUACAACGAGGCUUUACCGUGUGUGUCAUUGAAUUGACGAAAGAACAUAGUGUGUCUCAGUCCUUCCAGCAGCCAUGAAUAAAAUUCGAAUUAAAUGCUUUGUAUGUAUGUUGAACCUCUUUUGCGCCCUACAUAGCCAACCGUGCUCUCAGGUGAGGAUUCAGAUUCUUCCACGGGUAUCCAAAUUGUAUUCACUGCUGGGCGUCGAGAUACCCACGGAAGAAGAUUUAAUAUCUCAUUUUUUCUCCCAGGCUGCGGUCGCACGUGCGGUCUCGUAGUAGUACCAGUGUUCAGAACCAUUUCCUGAAGAAUAUGGACGUGAAACCGAGGUGUGCCUUUUGGUGCAAAAGCAGGAUAAUGCUUCUUUAAAUUUCUCACUCUGUACCCACGUUUGUUUAAGAUGUUACUGGAGAUGACGUUGGAACGUCCUCAUCUCUGUUGCAUGGUGGAUGUCGACAAGAGUGUUGUUGCGAGGGGCGAGUGUGGAUUCAUCGCCUCUCGUGGUUGCUCAAGUGACGCUUGAACCCACGAUCGAUUCUUGCGCACGCAAUUUGAUGCAUGUAUCGUGAGCUUCAGAAUCGGCAUUAAUUGAUGUAUUGAUGCAUCGUGCCACAUAUUCUUGCUACCUUGCCACCACAUCUGUGCCUAGGGCUUUUUUCUCAACAUCCAAAGUGUGAAGCAAGCAUAAUUUUUGCUUUGCCAAUUAAUAGUUUAAAAUGUUUUUUUGUUUGUUUAAGCUGUUGGUUCAAUCAAGCUGAUGUGCACAUAUAUGUGAUCUUAUGUGGCUUGCGGGCUAUUGCAGGAAUUUCUGUCAUGUGAUCUUGAAGCCUAAAAGGUGUUAGCUGUUGAGUCUGUUCGUAUUUUAGCCUCUUUGUCCUUAUUAGCUCAUAUUCUUUCCAGCAGAUGGCGAGCUUCAUUAGCUGGAGAGGAUGUUUGUGUAGGUAUUUGGUUGCUCGGUUUUGUUUGUCAGACAGAACGGUCUGGUCCGUUUAUGAGAGCUGGUGUGAACCACAUGUAAGCACACGUGCAUGCGUGCACACGUAUACAAAUGCACGGGCACACGCACACAAACAAAGACAUUCUAUGUAUAGACAACAGACAUGGGGAAAAUGCUGCUGGCUAGCAUUCAGCGAGCAUGGAGCUCACACACGAAGACACACAUACAACCACUGAAUUAUUGUCCACACAAACAUACAUUGUACAUACGUGCGCACAUACAAUCACACAGACAUUAAGAAGCCAAACGGAUAACGUACGGUAUGAACUACAAACACAUUAUAACGCACACGCACAACAUUUGGCAGGAGUCUGCUAUAUAGAUCUUAUGUAAACAAAAACUGAUUUUCCAGUAGUGUUUGGCAAUGGUUUAAAUUCAAGGUUUAUGUACCGAGUCUUGAAGAACGAUGCAUCAGUAUCGACAAAGCCCCUUUUCACUGUUGGUGCAUUCACAGCACACGGGUUCUUGCAAUGUAGCAGCAAGGUGAUUUAACUAUCCACGCAUUUGUUUUUGGACAACACUUGUACAAUGCAUUGGGGAAACCUCUUAAUACCAUUAACAAGUGAAACGGCCUUAAUUUUUAAUUCAGCCUUGUUCAUUGAAAUUCAACUCCGGAUAUGUAAUGUAGUGUUUAAUUUGCAGUCGCAUUGCUCUUUUACAAUGGCCUGUUACGUAUAUAAGACGGUGUGUAGUGUAUAUAUUGGCAUAUGUACGAGUACCUUGCUGUCAUGCAGUGGGAUGAAAUUACCUCUAGUUGAAAUACACUGGUUGUGUGCUGAUAGAGGAAUGCCUUUUGGCACGCAGAAAGGGCAUUGACUCUAAUUUGAUCAGAUGCUUCAUUUUAGUUUUCAUGUCCAGCUUUCAAUUUCAAGGUUAUUUUUGGCUGGCCAUGUGAGAACUCAAGAGACCAGGAUAGUCUCAUUUGCAAGCAAAAAUACAAAUACAGAUACUUCUCUACUUACAAACAUUCGACUUUCAGAGAUACGAAGAAACCUGUCUGUAUGUCCAGUUGCCUGUUGGGACCGAGAGUCGUAAGUUCAACUGCCGCGCAAUAGAUGGCAGUGGUGGCAUCUAAUCUGCAGAACACGAAGAACCAGUUACAUCUACAGGAUAGUAUACGACAUUUAAAAGCUAUUCCCCGUAUUUCGUGUACUUACCGUACACCAUGUUUGGAAUCGACAGGAGUGACGUUGGACUUAAGAACAAAUCGAAUUACGAACAGACCUCUAGAACCGAACUUGUUGGUAAGCAGAGGAGUUCCCGUACAAUAAAGUGGUGCUACUCCGAAUUGACUUUACACGCCUAAUUUGUAUCCAUUGUUUAUGGAGUGUGCAGUAAUUUGACUGACUGCAAUGUUGGCGAUUACUGCAGAAUGUUCUCUGCAGUGGAUUUCAGCAGCUGCUGUUGAGUUUUGGGUAAUUAUAAUGUUGAGUUCAUUUGGUAUUCGCGGCCAUUCUUUUCGGUAGGAUUGUAUUACGUGCGAUGUUUUGCGUCGUUUACAGUCGUGUCACAGCAGGGGGCUUUUUGAUAGAUUAUCCCCGAUUGAGUAAAACAGUUCAGUCACUGCAGACUUAUUGCAUGUUUGGGUACAUGUUAUGUCAAUUACUACACCGUGGCAGGAGUGAUUUGGCCUGCUAUAAUUAUAAACGCAGAGUUUCCAGAUGGAAAAAAUGUCCCUCUCUUACCCGAUUAGUGUGGCGAAGAUGCUUGUGGUGAUAAAUGUAAUUUUGCGGGUGAUUUUUAAGUGGUAGGUCGCAUGUGUCUUUGGCCCAUACAAAAUGCAUUUGUGAGCCGUAGUUUUCUCACUCUUGCUGCAGAGGUUGGGUUCGUGGAUCAUUCAGAGGGCAUGAGUUAUGUUUCACUUGCAAGAGAAAUAACCUACCUCCCUUUGUGCAGUAAUGCGGAGGUUUUUCGAUGUACUCCUCGUGGAUACAAGGUUAUGUGAGUUCUCCUCUCGCCAUGCGUAGGUUUUCUCCAAACACUUUGCAUGUGCAAAAAACAACUAAAAAAAUCUUGAGUAUUCCAAGAGCGACGGGUGAAGUGUCCGAGGUUUCAUACGUAGGGGACAGUCGAAUUAAAAUCUGAAAUGAAUAAUACCUGGUGAACGUUCGUUCGUAUGAACAUCAAUUUGUCAGCAAGGCGCACGAAUAGAAUGUGUAAUGCAGAACAAGUAGAAUGUGUGUCGCACAUCGACUACUAUGUACGUAUACAUUGAACUUCCUUUGCACCGUACGUAGCCAACCGUGAUAAUCGGACGUGCGGGGGGGGGGGGGGGGACAACAACUAA